UUCUUUUUCUUUUGCUCUUCACUGAAUCUCUGGUGCAUACGACGUCGGUCAAUGAACCAGAUAAGAUAAUUAUCACAGUGAGCGACUUGAAGUCUUUGCGCUCACAAUUUACAACGGUGGAGGAGUAGAAAGACUUAUUAAUUAAUUUGCGUAUUGGGAAAAUCGACUUUGCGAUAAGCCGACCAUAACUAGUACCAACCCCUCAUUCGAUCAACGUCAUUACUACCCAAACUACCACCUUUCGUCAAAUCAAGUACGGGAAAUCCUUUUCACCACCAAUCGUGGAUCUGCAAUCGAGAAUCGGACUCUUAGAAGACACCUUUCAUUCAGACUCGGACUCAGACGUCAAUUCUGAAUAUCAAGACGAGGGCCAGGGUCAAUUGGAAUUCGAUACAGAAAGAGUCGGGAAAGACAACAUGAGUUCCAAAAUGGGAAAUAAUGUUAAAGUUGCCGGAGUAGAGACCAAUGUCAAUGCUUUGGAAGGGGACAGACAUACAAAAUCCAGCGAUGGCGCUCAGGGCAGUGGAAGCUUUGGUAUGGCCAGCGAUAGAGCCACGGGUGAUCAAGUCGAUGGAGAGAUUUUGGAACAUGCCAUUGAAAACUUGGAGACCAAAAAUAAAAAGUGGUGGGCUUAUUUGCUCACAAGAGACUUCUGGAUUGUCUUAAUUCUUGGACAAAUUCUUUCACUUUGCAUCACGGCUACCAAUACAUUCACUACACUCCUUGCGAAUAAGGGAACCUCGAUCCCAGCCUUUCAGACUCUCUUCAAUUACAUCGUGCUGUGCGCUAUCUACACGACUUACACCAUCUACAAGUAUGGAUGGAGAGAUUAUUUCAAGCUUCUCUGGGUAGAUGGCUGGAAGUAUGUCAUCUUGUCCUUCAUGGAUGUUGAGGGAAAUUAUUUCACAGUUUUGGCUUAUCGAUGGACCAAUGUCCUCAGCGCUCAACUCAUCAACUUUUGGUCCAUCGUUUGCGUUGUAAUCGUCUCGUUCAUAUUCCUCGGUGUUCGAUACAAGUGGCUCCAAGUCAUUUCCAUUCUCGUUUGCUGUGGUGGUAUGGGUAUUCUUCUUGCAUCUGAUCAUAUCACUGGUUCCAAUGGAGGCAACCCACCUACCAUGUUGAAGGGUGAUCUUUUUGCAUUAGCAGGCGCUACCCUUUACGGUCUUUCAAACGUUUUUGAAGAAUGGUUCGUUUCUAAACGGCCUAUGUACGAAGUCCUAGGCAUGCUUGGUCUCUUCGGUAUCAUCAUCAACGGUAUCACAGCUGCCAUAUUUGAUCGUCACUCUUUCCAAAACGCCGUCUGGGACGGCCAAGUCGGAGGUUAUAUUGUUGGAUACACACUCGCUCUUGCACUUUUCUAUACCCUAGCUCCUAUUAUCCUACGAAUGGCAUCUGCGGCAUUCUUCGACAUCUCGCUUCUCACGGCCAAUUUCUGGGGUGUGGUUAUUGGUAUCAAUGUUUUCGGAUACACCAUCUACUAUUUGUAUCCAAUCGCAUUUGUGUUGAUUAUCCUAGGAUUGUUCGUCUAUUUCCUUUCGGGAAGCAUGUUGGGAGAUGCGGUCAAACCAUGGUUGGGCAAGGAUCAACAGGCUGGUGUUGCGGGUGUAGGAACGGCAAAGUUAAAGGCUAUUAAUGAAGCGAAGAGAGAGGGUCUACUUAAUUCUGGACAGGGAAUGGCUUGAUUGUGCGUGGGAAUCUAGGUUAAUAUUUAAUGAAUGGUUGUUCUUGCGAGAUGAAUAGGAUAGGGUAGGAUAGAAUACGAUACGAUAUAAUGAUGCUAAGAGAAAGCAUAGAUUCGCUAUUAUCUAAGAAGAAGAAUCUAUCUGAAUACCUAUCUACU